AUGCCGGAAAAGCGACGAGAAAUUAUAAUUGAAAGAGAUUCAACCGGAAUGGAAGGAGAGGUAUAUCGGAAGCGGGAAUGGCCGGAAAUGAUGGUGAUAUGGGUUCGAUGCGAGAGGGUGAAGGGGUUACGAGUCGAGAGGUGA